AUGUCACAUCACAUUAUAGAGGAGAAGACCAUUGGUGAUACACAAUAUAUAGUAGUGAUAACAUACAAUCAAAGCUACCAUAAACGGGCCCCCAUUACAAUAUACAUUAACCAACAGCAAAAUCAAUUGAUGGGUGAUUACGUCUACACAAUACAAGAUUCAUCUACCUUUAUCAACAGCACUGAGGAAAGUGACCAGUUGAAGCUGUUGAACCAACAAUUAGUUGCGAAAUACAACGUGCCUAUCUAUUUGAAUAUAAACACUACAAGCCGGUUUUCCAAUGUGGAAAUGUUCCAAACCAUUACGCAAUUGAUCAGCGCGGAACAGCAAUAUAGCGAAAAAGUCAAAGCCUAA